CGGAGUUCUUGUUUAAUCGUGUGACUCAGAGGUUACUGAAACAGGGGGAGCUCUGGAGUGACGACAAAACUGCAACGUGCUCAUGUCUCACUCUACAUAAAACCCACGAGCGCGAGAGUGUUUCAUCACUUACCGGCGACUGCUUGAUCGACACAGGAGCUCUGCAAACAAACAAGCUUUUCCAAAUACGGAUUUGUUUUCCCUGAAAACAUAAGUUUGGUCUCACUGCAAAAAGAGGAAGAACUGAACUGAAGACUUCUGUCUCAAUCGCAAUAACUGGCUUUCACAACAGAGAGUAGGAUGGAGAAGAUAAAGGACAGUAAGGGGAAGCAGGUGACAUGGUGCCUCAUGUUCUGUGUGUCCACGGCUGUCAUCAGCUCCUUGCAGUUUGGCUACAACAUAGGCGUCCUCAAUGCACCCGAUGAGAAAGUGCAGAACUUCAUCAGAAAUGUGACUCAGGAGCGCAGUGGAGAGCCAAUGCAUAAAUCCACAUUGACAAAAGUGUGGAGUUUAACGCUUUCCAUUUUCAACGUUGGUGGCAUGAUCGGGUCUCUUAGUGUUGGCACACUAGUUGACAAACUAGGGAGACGAAAAUGCAUGCUUCUGUCCAACAUCCUGGCUCUGAUUGGUGGAGGCCUGAUGGGUUUAUCCAGCAUGUGCACCUCUUAUGAACUGAUAAUAGUGGGCCGUCUGGUUAUUGGUGCCUUCUGCGGCCUGUGUACAGGAUUGACGCCCAUGUAUGUGGGUGAAAUUGCUCCAACGGCACUUCGAGGGGCUUUUGGUACCCUUCACCAGCUCGGGGGGGUCAUCGGCAUCCUAAUUGCACAGAUCUUAGGUCUGGAGUUAUUGCUGGGAUCUCAGUCUAUGUGGCCAUUGUUACUGGCUCUGACGGCGGUCCCUGCAGUGUUACAGUGUGUCAUGCUGAUCUUCUGCCCGGAGAGCCCUCGAUACCUGCUGAUCACUCUGAACCAGGAGGAGGAGGCACGCCAAGUGCUGACACGUCUUCGUGGGCAUUCAGAUGUGGAGGAUGACAUUCGAGAGAUGAAGGAAGAGGCCUUGAAGAUGUCCAUGGAGAAGAAGGUUUCUAUUCCAGAGCUGUUCCGUAACUCCGCUUACAGACAGCCCAUUAUCAUCGCCAUAAUCCUGCAGCUGUCCCAACAACUCUCUGGCAUCAACCCUGUAAUGUAUUACUCUACCAAGAUCUUCAGAUAUGCAGGUAUCACUGAGGCAGUCUAUGCCACCAUUGGAGUGGGUGCAGUCAACACUCUCUUCACCGUCAUCUCUCUCUUUCUGAUGGAGCGGGCAGGAAGAAGAACACUUCAUAUGGUCGGACUAGCUGGAAUGACUGUCUGUGCUCUGCUCAUGACCAUUUCUCUUGAAAUUCUUAACCCUAUUGGAGCAAAAGCAGGAAGUGGUGCUAACAUGACUGCCAUUCCCGAAUCUGUAUCUGCUGGGCAGGCAACUUCCCCAAUCAGCGUUCUGGCCAUUCUGGCAGUGUUCGGGUUUGUGGCCAGUUUUGAGAUGGGACCAGGACCAAUCCCAUGGUUCAUAGUGGCGGAGUUAUUCUCUCAAGGUCCACGCCCGGCAGCCAUCGCUGUGGCGGGAUGCUGCAACUGGACCACCAGCUUUUUUGUCACACUGUUUUUCCCAGAACUAUUGGAACUGUUGCAUGCGUACGUCUUUAUCAUAUUCCUCAUCCUCCUUAUCAUCUUCUUCGUGUUUACAUACUUCCGUGUUCCCGAGACUAAAGGCAGAACGUUUGAAGACAUUGCCAGUGGGUUUUCCAGUGCCGUCAACUACACAUCCCCAGAGGGUGCCGUCACAAUGCCAGUCUCCUCAUCAUCAAAGAAGUUUCAGAUGACUGAAAUGGCUGGUCAGGAGAAAAGCUGAGCAAACCUAUAGAAAAAAACCUGUAACCCUCACAAGAUUGGCACCUUAAAUGAACAGAUGCAGCUGAAUGAUGGAUAUUAUUAUAAACAAAUAGCUAGAUCAGUCAGAUCAAGUACAUCAGUGUUUUCACAAGUAAAUCACAAUGUUACACUGCAAGUCACAUUUCUGUGAUCAAACCAUUGUGCUUUUUACUAUUAGUGCCGAGGUAGCUUCAAAAACUUGAUAGGGUUUAAAAAUGUCUGAAAAGUUUGGAAACCACUGACAUAGAGGUACUAAACAGUGUCAUGCCAGUUACAAAGUCAUUUUAGCAAAAAAGUGUUUAUUACAUGUGGUCGCUGGUGUGUAUGUUUAGGACGUUAGACUUUGCCGUAAUUGUACAGUAACUUACCGCAAAAAAGGCCGGUAAAAUACCAUUUACAUUAUUUACGGUAAACUACUGUAAUAUGCACUGCUUUGUGCACAGUACUUUACUGUUUACGCAAAAGCAGUAGUGCUACUGUAAAUGAAAAAGACAGAUUUCUAUACAUACAAUUAAGUUAUAAUCAUUGCCUUUGUCAUUGUGUCCACAACUUGUAUUACUCAUAGGGCUAUAUGCAUAUUGUAUUAAUGUUUUAGGCCUAUUAAAAUGUCAUAUGAUAAUGUU